UUUUGAAGGAGGCCCAUUCUGUCAUGCUGUAUGGAACUCGUCUGUGGUUCUCUGUGCCGUUAUCUCCUUUCCCCCCCUCCCCUCCACAGGUGGGCCAUCUGAUACCUUAGCAACCAGCAGACUGCACCUGACUGACAGGAGGAAGCCAUCUCCAUCCUGCUGGAAUAGACUUCACACAUGGGAGCGUUUUUGGCAGGCUGUCGAGACUUUGUUUGAACAGAGUGCUGCAGCCUCCAUCCUUACCAUGACAGCUCGCAUCCAGCAGCUAGCUCAGCCCAAACUCAACCGACUCCAAUAUCCAGACCGUCGUUCUGUUUACUGGCUGGACAAAUCUCCUCCCCUGCAGAGGACCAAACUUCCCACUGAGACUGAGUUAACGCCUCGCUGGGCUGAACUGUGCAGAAGUAAAAAGUUCUACGCUCAACUCACGCGUUCCCCCAUGUGGCAAGUGAGUGAUGCAGCUCUCAGGGCCGUAGCGUCGGAGCGGCUGUGUCGGCUCGCCCAGCCCCGGGCCCCCACUUCCGCCUGGCAGCCGGCCUUCCCACUGCCCAUCCCUCUGAGGAGAGCAACGCAGACUGCGGUCGCCACCCCUCGGAUUUGCCAGCUCGCCCGACCAAAGACGCGGCCUUCUGUUGGGGGUCAUGAAUUCCAACUUGGUGUCCCCAAGAUGCCCAGGAAAGCUUCAGCACACAUCGAGCUUCUUGCCAUGAGGGGAAAUAUGACAGAGCAAGGCAAGAAAAUGCUUCUGGUCGUGGUGGACAUUCUUUCCACCUUCAUUGCGGCUCUGCCCUCGGCCAUCUUGACGCUGAGGUUCAGUCCGUACCAGAGAGGAAUCUACUGCGAUGACGAGAGCAUCAGCUACCCAUACAGGAGGGACACCAUCUCCCAUGGAGCAAUGGCCGCCGUCACCAUCACCAGCUCCAUAGUCAUCAUCACCACUGGAGAGGCCUACCUGGUACACACCAAGCGUCUGCACUCCAACUCCCAGUUCAACCAGUACCUGUCGGCCCUCUACAAAGUGGUGGGCACCUUCCUGUUCGGGGCCGCCAUCAGCCAGUCGCUUACCGACCUGGCCAAGUUCACAAUCGGGCGACCGCGGCCUAACUUCUUAGCCGUGUGCGCCCCCGUCAGCUGCAGCGGAUACGUGCUGCAAAUCAACUGUACCGGCAACCUGCGCAACGUCACCGAGUCCAGGUUGUCCUUCUACUCGGGCCACUCGUCCUUCGGGAUGUACUGCAUGCUCUUUCUAUCGCUGUACGUGCAGGCCCGCAUGCAAGGCAAAUGGACGCGGCUUGUUCGACCCACCAUCCAGUUCUUCCUGGUGGCCUUUUCCCUCUUCGUGGGCUACACACGCGUCUCCGACUACAAGCACCACUGGAGUGACGUGCUGGUGGGGCUCCUGCAGGGGGCGCUCAUAGCUGUGCUCACUGUCAAAUACGUGUCCGACUUCUUCAAGCAGCGCCCGCCACCUUGCACGCGGACAGAUCCGGCCGAGAGCGAACACCUGGAGCGUAAACCCAGCCCGCAGCCGCCCGACUCUCAACGCGGAAACCACUACAACUACUCAGCGCCUGUAUGA